AGUGAAAGUGAAAGUGAACAAGCUGCCGGGGACCGGAGGAGGCAGCUACAAGGCAUUGGGGAAAGAGGGUGCAGUCUCCUAAUGCAGCCAUGUCUACGGGAAAGGAAAAACCCAAGAAUUCAGCUCAGGAAGACCCUGCAAAGGAUGAACUAGCCAAGAGACUGGAAGCAGUGGGUCUGAAUGCAGAGCACUGGCUGCCUAAACUACACAAACAACUUGGAGUUACCUCUACCCCAGCCUUGAAACACCUGCAAUAUGAAGACUACCUAAAGUUAGAAUGUGACGUGCAGCACACAUGGGAAAAGCAGGCGCUCCAAGAGCUACUUCAGAUAGACAGCAAAGCAACAAUGAAGCGGCUGCAGGAGCAACGCUUGGAGAUGCUAAAGAAGAGGCAGGAGCAGGCUAAGUCAGCACUGAAGGAGCUAAAAGAAAUGCAGGAGAAAGGCAGGAGCCGACAUGAGGAAGCUGUUAGAAAGAAAGAGGAGGAGCUGCAGGGAGCUAUGGACAUCGCCCCAGAGUAUUGGGCACCACACGAGAAGCCAUUGAUGGAGGUGAUGGAGAAUGUGCACAAACAAUUAGACCUCCUGGAGGAGUCGGUGUCCCAGAGUGAGAAUCUCCCUGACAAGGAAGUUUUGAGAUGGGCGUCGGGAGGGCUGGCCCUGCAGGGCAUUUACCAGACCAAGAAGCUUGCAGAGAUGGUGGAGAAGCGAGAGCAGCUCAUAGACAUCCCAGAAGGGUUCGAGCUCUUUGGUCCAGAGCAAGGGCCGUUGUUUGAGAAGAAGGAGUUUUCAUCUGCAGAAGCAGAAUCCACAUUCACAAAGGCCAUGGAGAAGCUGGGCUUCAGCAUUAGUGUUGCAGCCAAAGGUGGAUUUGGGGGGUUUAGUGCUGAAACCAGCUCAGAUCACAGCAGCUCUUCAGAAUCUGAAGAAACUCACAAAUCCCGCUCUGAACACACUUACAUUUGCACUACCAAGUACAGUUACAUCCCACUGGCCUCAUGCUACUUCCCCAAGGAUCAGCUUCGACUUUCCAGUGCGGCGCUGCAAGAAUUAAAAGAGAUCGAGCAGCUUUUGAGUCACAUCCCAGAGCCGGACAAGCUCAACUUGCUGAAGAGCAGGGGCGGGAGUUUCUUCAAGAGAUUCGGGUCUCAUGUAAACCAGGGCCCCCUUCACUUGGGUGGGAUAUUCUGGUGGAAAGCGUCUUCUGAGGGAUUCCGGGCAGAGCAGCUGGAUGAGGUGAAGAAACGAACAUCUGAUGCGCUCAGCUCUUAUGUUGGGGGCAGCUAUAGUGGCUUUGGUUUGAGCAUUUCAGCUGGUGUUACUGUGUCAAAAUCAGGUUCUGAAGCCUCAUUUCAGGGCACAGAUAGAAAACAAACGCAAACAGAGAUUCAGCUGUUUGUGACCAAGACAGGGGGCCCACCUGGUGUGGAUUCACUCACAGCAUGGAAAUCUGGACUAUUGGCCAGUAACAAAACCUGGUCUGUUAUUGACAGAGGCUCUCGGCUGAUUCCAGUGUGGGACAUAAUCCUGUCCAAUCACAGACAAGAUUUUAAAGAUGUUUAUCAAAUGAGCAGCAGCCUCACAAGGGCCUAUGAAGCCCUAACAACGCUCAGUGCAAGUACAUUGGUUGGGGAGGAAUUAGUCAGUGCGGUGGAUGAGGCCAGAUCGUUCUUAGAGGAAAUGAAGACCUGGGAAGUCUCUGGGGAUGAAGAACAGCUGGUGACUCUGCUCAAUUUCAAACAGAAGCUAAUUGAAAAAACAAAACACAACAGGACCUGGAUCGACAUCUGCCUGUCGGAUAAGGUGCUUCAGGAUUUCCUGGAAAACACAGUUUUACUGUGCAAAGAUUUACCUGCACAUAACACCAUGUCCACCAAAUCUCUGCUGCGCUGCCUUCUGGACCCUCAUGUCUAUUCAGUUAAGAAUUUCCCCAAAUCUUCCUCCAUCCUGCAGUGGAUCUUUCAUGCUGAAGAAAAGCAGCAAAAAUCUAUCCAUGUUUCUGAAUUUGCUGAUUUCAUUCAAGUCCUACAGGACAUGAAGAAUUACAUACAGGCUGUUACCUAUGGGCCUAACUCCUCCCCAGCAGCAGUGGAGGCAGCAAAAGUAAAGGCCAGCUUGGAUGUGAGCUUAGCUUUCUGUUCCUUGCUGAAGGCUCUACAGGGCCGAGAGCAGAUAGACACAGAGCUGUUAUUGCUCUCCAUUGCAGCCAGCACAGGAUACCGGGUGGAAAGUCACACUUUUCAGUAUCUCCUCGGGUGCCCAGAAAUUAACUUCAUGUUAAAGGAAAUGCAAAGGGCACAUGAGAGAUAUUUGACGCUUAGGGAUCAGGAUGUUUCCAGAGCUCAGGCUUUCCUGCUGUUGACAGGUCUGACAGUGACAACUGAAUUCAAAGAGGUGUCUCCAGAGGAGAAGAACAAACGUUUGACUUUCAUGAAGCGUCACCUGGGAAACUUGUUGUCAGGUGAAGUAGCUAAUGUCCUUAUGAAGCCUAAUGCAUGUGAUGACUGGAAUGCCCUGGAAAGAGACCUAAAUACCCUUGUAAAAGGAGAAUAUGAAACUUCCAGUAGCAAUCUGCAGAAACAGGAUAUAAUAAAAGAACUAAGGGAUGUCUGUCAAAGGGCUAAGCAGACACCCCUACCAAAGCCACAGCCCGAAGUGCUGCCAAAGGAUGUUAAAAUGUCUGAAGGGUUCAGAACUCAAGACUUUCUCAAUUUGAUCAGACGACUUGGACUUGAAAACUACUAUCCAAGGAAAAUGGGGAUGGCAGAUUUCCAUGUGAUUGACAAGACUUCUUUACAUGACAGCCAGCCCAGCACCGAGAGUGAGCUGCCAAUUUACUUUUUGCAAAAGCUGUUGAUGCUGGACUAUCGGGUACGGUAUCUGGUUUGCAAAGAUGACUGUAAAACAAAACAAGGAACAACAAGUGCAUUGAACACGUCAAGCAAGAUGGACGAAUACUCAGAUGCAACCUCGGAUAUCUACGAGGACUUUUUAAAUGAUGAUGAGGGAACUAAUGAGUCUGGUACACCAAGGCAGACACACGUGCACCCAAUGGACAUCCAGAUGGCAAUUUUUCAUUGUGCAGAUGACUUCAUGAGACAGUAUCUUUCAACAAAGCUCACUUUCUGCCAGUUUGCGCUCCCACUUCUGGUGCCAAAUCCUCGUACUUCACAAAUAGAAUUCCCUCUUUGGUCCCUUAGCCAAGUUAAAAAGAGUUGGCAUCAUGGUGAGAAAUCAGGAGUGGAGACUAGCAUUAAAAAUUAUAAAAACAAACUGAUUUAUCAAGCAGAUACACCUGUGGUGUCCUUCACACGGAUUGGUCAUUCGCCUCAUUCUUCUAAGUCUAAGAUCCUGAAUGCUCUGCUGAGUAAGCACAAACAUGACAUUUUUUUCCAUCGUGAUUGUAGAGGCAGCAGUAAAGAUUGUCUCCUGAUGAACGGGGUUGUGGAAAUCUCCUGGUACUGUCCAGGUGGAAAGGAUGAUGACAGAUUUGACAAUUGCAUCGCCUUCACUAAUCUUCACGGGGAUGCACGAGAGCACGAGCAACAGGUCAGAUUUUUACAGGAGAUCGCUUCUAUAAAUGUAGUUCUCUUUACCACUUCUGAUGAGAACAAAAUAGGCAAGCAAAUUGUAAGUGAUCUCCUGAAAUCUCCAAAGCCUUUUGUAUGUCUUUUGACUGAAAAAGAAAACGUUGUAGCAGGUAAAUCCAAUCUAAACAUAAAAAUAGGCAUGAAGAACAGAAAUGAAGCAGAAUUAAUAGAUGAACUGGCAACAACAAUUAAAGAUUUACUGGCUGGUUCGAACCCCACUUGUAGUCUUGAAACCUGUGUAGAAAUUGCUCGUCAGCAUCGUUUUCUCAUUGACGAAGACAAAGAAGAGUGUAAACAAGCCAAGUCAAUGGCACAGACAGUGAUGGUCCUCUUCAAGGAGACUAACGUAUCGGGCAUGAAGGAAGAGCUAUUGCCUCUUCAAGGAGAAUUAUGGCACAAGUGGUGUAAGAAAGAUAAGGAACUUAGCCGCUUACAAGAUAAAAUGAAGAGAAGCAUUGAACAGCACCGGAGCCAAAUUGAAUCAGAAAAACGUGCUAUACGACAUGAUCAGAUAAGGAGAGCAUCCUCCCACAAUGAUUUAAUGAGGUCGGUGCUGGAAAUUCUCCAGUCCCAUUCAGAGAUCACCAAAAAAUAUUUCUUGCAGUGGCUGAAAGUAUUUAUGGAUGACCUGAGCUCUGACCGCCUUGCAGAACUUCGCCAAAAAUACCAUGUCUUAUGGUCACGAAUGCUGGAAGAAACAGACCCAGGGGAAAAUGGUGACUCAGAAAAUGUAUUGAAACGUAACUUGGAAACAGUCUCAGCUGAGAUAACUGCUUCUACGAUUGGCCUUGAACACAUUUUCAGAGAGGUUGCUCAGAUUUAUGAAGCUCUUGGUACUUUGCCCCAAGAAGAUCAACAUUUUCUUGAACUUCCCCAAAUUGCAGCUGACCUGAUGGCUUCAGGGUAUCCCGUUGAGCUGAUGGACGGCGAUGCUUCAUAUGUGCCACUGAAAUGGGUGAGAGCAGUUUUUGACAAGUUGACGGAGAAGUUAGGAGACAAAAAGGUGUUUGUUCUUUCUGUGCUUGGUAUCCAAAGCACUGGGAAGUCAACAUUGCUAAAUGCCAUGUUCGGUCUGCAGUUUAGUGUCAGUGCCGGGAGAUGCACCAGGGGGGCGUUCAUGCAACUGAUUAAAGUGGAUGAGAAUCUCCAACAAAGUCUGAACAUUGAUUAUAUACUAGUCGUUGAUACUGAAGGGCUUCGGGCCAUGGAACUAACCAGUAAAUCAACACUCAAUCAUGAUAACGAGUUAGCCACCUUUGUCAUUGGUCUUGGCAACAUGACUCUGAUCAAUAUUUUUGGAGAGAAUCCUUCAGAAAUGCAAGAUAUCCUGCAGAUCGCUGUCCAGGCCUUUCUGAGGAUGAAGCAAGUAAAGCUGUCCCCAAGCUGUUUAUUUGUGCACCAAAAUGUUGGAGAAAUAACUGCAAAAGAACAGAAUAUGGAAGGACAAAGACGCCUCCAACAAAAGUUAGAUGAAAUGACAGUUACUGCAGCCCAGCAAGAGUUCUGUGAUGUAACCCGCUUUAGUGACGUUAUCCGAUUUGACGUGAACACCCACAUUCAUUACUUUGCUCACCUCUGGGAAGGGGACCCACCAAUGGCACCUCCGAAUCCCAGCUACAGCCAAAAUGUGCAGGAACUAAAGAGCAAGAUUCUCAUGGCUGCCAAAAAGGAAUCCAAGGGCAGUGUUUUGAGGCUGUCAGAGUUAAAAGUCCGAAUCGGUGAUUUGUGGAAGGCUUUAUUAAAUGAGAACUUUGUUUUCAGCUUCAAGAAUACACUGGAGAUUGCAGCAUACAACAGGUUAGAAAAAAUGUUUAACCAGUGGACCUGGCAGUUGAGAAGUCACAUACUAGAACUGCAGACAAAACUGAACAAUCGAAUUAAGAAGAGAGAAAUUCAGCAUGUCACCAGGAGAAGCCUUGAAGAAGAAGUUAAAGAAAAAUAUCGUGCCAUCAUGAGUGACACAGAAAGAUUCUUCACCGAGGAUCAAGACUGUGAAAUACUAAUUCAGUGGAAAGCAAGUACUGAAAAUAAACUGAAUGAUCUGAAAGAGUCGCUGAUUGAUGAAACUAAGAGGAAAUCUGAAGAACUUAUCAAACUGAAGAAGAACCAAAGCAAACUUGUUGAAAAGAAGUCAGAAUAUGAAAAUGAGCUAUUCAAAAGAAGCAAAGAGUUGGCUCUGAGAUUAAAAGGCAAGGAACUAAGUGGGGCAGCACUGAAAGAAAACUUUGACGGCCUUUGGAAACGAUGGGUCUAUGAAGUAUCUUCAGAUGCCCCUUCUGCUGAGGAACCUGACAUUAGCAUGGAUGUAGAAAACAUUCUUCUGCAGCAUUUUAAACAGGAACCCAAUAUUGCAGAGAAAAUUAAAAGUUCCUCCCGCAAAAAUACAUUUUCUGUCGAUAUUUCCAAGCAUAUUGUCAUGAAGAAAACACUAGGCAUCUUCAAUAAGACUUUGGAUAAUUGUGAUAUAAAGAACAUAGAGCAGGUUACAGUUCGCAUCAUACAGCUUGUUAACAUGAAAAUUGAUAUGAAGGAGCAGCAGAGAAUGGAUUAUAAUCAAAGUUACAUUCACGAAAUAUUGAAUGAAAUAAGAAGAGAGGUGGACUCUGCAGCCAAAACCUCAAAAUACACAUUUAAUAAUGAGUACAAAAUAGAGUUAUCCCUGUAUCUGUGCAAAAUGGCAGCAGAGCGGUUUGAAGACAUGCACAGAGCAUUUAAGAAUGCAAACGAUCCAACCGUCUACCUCGAAAAUAAAAGAGACGAUUUUUUUAAGUGUUUUCAAAUUUCCUGCCAAGGAGCAGCCUCCAUCACAACAUUUGCUGAUUUCUUAUGCACCAAGCUUUCUGCAGCUCUCCGCCAGGCAGUCUAUGACAAGACUGCCAUCAACAUAGCCAAUGAGAUGAGGUCUAACUAUUCGGCCUUCAAUGGCAAUAGAUCCAAACUGGAAACCAGUAUUCUGAUAUCCCUGGCGGAGGAGGAAAACUUUGAGAAGUACAGACAAUACAUUCAUUUCCCACGGGACUUCUUAGAGAGUUUUAUCAAGAAAUGCGUUGAUGAUUAUUGUUUAGACAAGAAAAAUCCAAGACUGAAGAAUUUCUUAAUUAUUUCCCUUGAAUCUUUCCAGACUCUUGUUCUUUCAGCUAUUCGUGACUCGACUAGAGUUGUCAAAGAUAAAUAUGGCAACGUAUCCUUGUGGCUGGAUGAAUUUUGCAACAGACUUGGAGAUGACUUAGACCUUCCCAGAAGUGAUCUGAAAAGCAUUGAACAUCAGGAAAUAAAGGACAUAGAGUUUCUGAAAGAGGCAAUGAAUAAAGCUUUGCCCCCGGUCCUAGAAAACCUGAAACAGGAAUUUUCUGGGAUUGAUAUGGAGCCAUUUAAACUGAAACCUCAUAAAAUACUAGUUGAACAGCUCUGCGGGUGCUGGGAGCAAUGUCCCUUUUGCAAGGCUCAGUGCACAAACACAAUACCUGGUCAUGAUGGAGACCACAGUGUUCCUUUCCAUCGUCCUCAGGCCCUGAAUGGUACCCAGUGGUAUGGAACAGACCAGCUUGUCAUUGAGAUCUGCUCUAGUCUUGUAGCAAGUGACUACUUCAUGGUGCUUUGUGAAAAGAAUCAAAUUCCAUAUAAAAAUUAUAGACAAGUGGGACCUGCUUAUGCCAAUUGGAGCAUCACAGCCGACAACUCAGCGCAGUCUUACUGGAAAUGGUUCGUGUCCCAUUUCAGGUCAAUAUUGGAAGAAGAUUAUUGUGCAAAAUUUGAGGGCAAAGGAGCAAUCCCUCCAGAGUGGGAGGAGUUUACAAAGGAGGCUGUAAUCUCUGAGCUGAAACAGCUUUAACAUUAGUAUAGCAUCCCCUGUAUAAAAUGGGGACAUUAAUGUACCAGACUUUGCUAUUGUAGCCAUUUAUUAGUGUGUUAUUUAGUCUUAUGGAUAAUUUAUAUGCGAUUUUUUCCUAUAAUUAAUGUAUGCUAGUAGAUUUAAAUGGUAGGAUUAUAGGCGUAUAAGAUGAACCAGUAUUUAGGAGUGGUGUGUGUGUGUGUGUGUGUGUGUGUGUGUGUGUGUGUGUG